AUGCAAUCGUACCUGCCAUGGGAGGGUGCAUACGUCGUGCCCGUCACGUUCACAACGCCAGAGUUGUAUGUCAUAGAACCAAGAUGUCGGGACCGCGCUACGAUGUCGUGGUUUGAGCAUGAUGUCGAGCUGGAGUGGGAUGAGGGAGAAGGCGAUUGUGCACCAGAUGUACAAGAGGUGUUUCUCGAAGUUGAUGUAAGCUUAUUUGCACCCUGGGAGAACGGAGCGGGCGUAACAGGUUUGGGAGAUAGUGGCUUUGAUGAAGGGAAGGAGCGGUUGUUGAGAAGAAUGCUGGCCCAGCCGUUUACGGAAUUCUGUUCGGUUGCCUACGCAGACGAUAUCUACGUGUUCAAAUAUGUCAAACCAGAUUCCAAUGAAUCCAAUCCUUUGCACUUCAAAUUCCAAUCGUUGGUUAGCUGUCCUACAGAUGUCCCGCUUGAAUUGCCUACGGUGUCACAUCUUGCUUUCCGAUUCAUCCCUUCCAACCUCACCACGACCUCAGAUUCAACCUUUGCACAACCGGCACUGUGCCCAGGCACGCCUACCGACCUCAACAGUCGUCUCUACCGCACGGCACUUGCACUCCUUGACACACUCCACCGUUAUCUAUGGGGAGCACUCACCCAUUACCAGAAACGCGUACAGCAUGACGUCCUUAUACCGAAUCCGAACGCGAGGCAAAGCUCAAGGAACGCUCCCAGUCUGCAGCGCAUCUUCCCAGGCGUCCGCUCCGUGGUUGACCUCUGCAAACCCACACAGAGCAAGUACGAGACAGCCGUUUCUAUCAUCCUUGGGCGCAAGAUUGAUGCUGUCGUCGUGGGUCAUUCACGACCUCUUCGAUUGUCCGAUGCAUUUUCGUGGAGUCUGUGGGUUGCGCUCCAGGACAGCAGUGAGAGUGAAGAGUUCGGGCAAACCCUGGAACGGAUGCUGCUGGGAGCCGCUGCAGCUUUCGCGGCUGGCUCCAAUCUCCACGCCAACCGCGUCUUCUCGAACUCUUACUCUGGCCCAGCUACAGUUCAAAACGCAGGAUGGGAUGCUGGCCGAUACGCGGCAUGGAAAGUCUCACGCAAAUGUUCAAAGACCGUCGCGAAGAGAAAGACGUUCAGAACCGGACCCGUCGCUGCUUAUACUGAUUCUGUCGGUGCUGAUACAGCCGAUAUCAAUAAGGCCGGCCAUACUCCUACCAUGGAAUCGACUCAUACACGUAUACCAUCUACCCGUUUCCCUAAAGACAAGGAACUCCCCCUCCCUCCUUCCACUCUGCCCCUCUCCCUACCAAUGAAAUCAAGACCACGAACUGACAACCGUCUUGGGCUAUCAGAGGAUCGGGGCGCGAUGACAAGCCAACAACGCUCAGAGGAAGAUCUGACGACAGCGUCAUCUUCCCUCCCAACACCCGCACCAGCCCUCACGAAACGCCUGCAUGCCCUCCUCGAGCUUCUUACCUCUGAACGUGCCUAUGCAAGCGAUUUGGCACUCCUCAGGGAUGUGUAUAUGAGGUUGGCGUCAGAAGCUCGAAGAAGCAAAUCGACGAACGCGAGCGACUUGUUGAAGAAGAAAAUUCGAGGGUUGAAGCCUGAGGAAUAUAUAUGGGGAUAA